CUACAUUUUAACACAACUAUUAUUUUUUUAAUAAUCAGUCAAAUACAGAAAAUUGUCAUCUUCUUGAAAUUAUGCGGAAGUAUUUUUGUUUAUAUUAUGAAAGAAAUUACAUUAAUAACAUUGUGUGAUUGAUGUGAACAUUAUGUUGUUUUCUUUAUUAGGGGACAGGGUAAAGGUCGUCCUUUCCGGCUUUGACAUCAGACAAGAUGACUAAGAUCAAGGCACAAGAGCUGCGAGGCAAACGCAAGGAAGACCUGAUUGAACAGCUGAAUAAACUGAAAGGAGAGUUGGGAUCACUACGUGUUACCAAAGUUACUGGUGGUGCAGCGUCCAAAUUAUCAAAAAUCCGUGUAGUACGUAAAGGUAUUGCAAGAAUCCUUACCGUAAUUAACCAAACACAGAAAGAAAAUCUGAGAAAGUUCUACAAAGGAAAAAAAUACAAGCCACUUGAUUUGAGACCGAAGAAGACGCGUGCCAUGAGAAGAGCUUUGAAGCCGAAUGAAUUGAAAAGGAAAACAAAGAAAUUGCAGAGACGAGAGAGAUUGUACCCAAUGAGAAAAUACGCAGUUAAAGAAUAGCCUUCCCUGUAUUUAUCACUUGUGGUACAUUGGAGUUUGUAGAAAAAUAAACCAAUGUAACAUACGUGUCAA